AUGAACCUGAGUAAAUUCACUUUCUUGUUGGCAUUAAUUGGUGGUGCCAGCGGCCAGUACUAUGAUGAUUAUGAAUUCCCCAUGUCGAUCUAUGGGCCCUCAUCACCUAAUUGUGCACCAGAGUGUAACUGCCCUCCAAGCUAUCCAACUGCCAUGUACUGUGAUGAGCUUAAACUGAAAAGUGUGCCAAUGGUGCCUCCUGGAAUCAAGUACCUUUACCUGAGAAACAACCAGAUAGACCAUAUCGAUGAAAAGGCCUUUGAAAAUGUCACUGAUCUACAGUGGCUCAUUCUAGACCACAACCUUCUAGAAAACUCCAAGAUAAAAGGAAAAGUUUUCUCUAAACUGAAACAACUGAAGAAGCUACAUAUAAAUUACAACAAUCUGACAGAAUCUGUGAGUCCACUUCCCAAAUCUCUUGUGGACCUGCAACUUACUCAUAAUAAGAUCACAAAACUUGGCUCCUUUGAUGGACUAGUAAACCUGACCUUUGUUCAUCUUCAGAACAAUCAAUUGAAAGACGAUACCAUCGCAGCAGCUCUUAAAGGCCUCAAAUCACUGGAGUACCUUGACCUGAGCUUCAAUCAGAUGACCAAACUGCCUAUGGGUCUUCCUACUUCUCUUCAAACUUUCUACUUAGACAACAACAAAAUCAGCAACAUCCCUGAUGAGUAUUUCAAUCAAUUUAAAGGAUUGCAGUAUCUACGUUUAUCUCAUAACGAACUGACUGAUAGUGGUAUACCUGGUAAUUCCUUCAAUGUGUCAUCACUUGUGGAAUUGGAUCUCUCCUAUAAUAAGCUUAAAAACAUACCAACUGUCAAUGAAAAUCUUGAAAACUAUUACCUGGAGGUCAAUGAAAUUGAAAAGUUUGAUGUAAAGAGCUUCUGUAAGAUCCUGGGGCCACUGUCCUAUUCCAAGAUCAAGCAUUUGCGUCUGGAUGGUAAUCGCCUCACCCAAACUAGUCUGCCACCUGAUAUGUAUGAAUGUCUACGUGUAGCAAAUGAAAUUACCAUGAAUUGA